UGGCAGCGUACUCUCUUGCAGCGUGGUGUGCGUGUUUCGUGCAAGAGAUGGCUAAGAAAAAAAUGAUUGCGAAGAAAAAGGAGAAUAGAAAGACCCAACAGGAGCCGCAGAAGGAGCAGAGACGUGGCGUCGUCUAUGUCAGACACAUCCCGCACGGUUUCUACGAAGAAGAAAUGAAGAAGUACUUCUCACAGUUCGGCACAGUGACAAACCUAAGGCUGUCAAGAAGUGGGAAGACUGGCGGUAGCCGUGGCUAUGCAUUUAUCGAGUUCCUGUCCGAAGAUGUUGCCAAGAUUGUUGCUGACACCAUGGAUGGUUAUCUCUUCUUCAACAAAAUAAUGAAAUGCAGCGUGAUACCUAGGGAGCACGUGCACGAGGGUCUGUUCAGGCACUUCCGCUACCCUUUCCCACUGCGCAAGGAGGUGGUGCGCACCGUCCACAACCGCCGCCGCACGGCCGAGUCGGAGAAGCGCAGUGCCCAUCGCCGCUUGGCCACGCUGGAACGAACAAAGGCCCAGCUGCGCAAGAUGGGAGUACGCUGUGACUUCGUCCCUGAGGUUCCCACUGAGCUCUUAGAGCCGCUGGAUUCCAAGGACACGAGCAGAGCUAGUGCAGUCACUGACUCGGGCUUGCCGUCCUUUGUGGUCGACUCGAGCGACGACAGCAUCGACUUCAAGACGCCACCCGGCACAAAGAAGCGGCGGAAGGUAAAACCCGUCGAGCCAGCCGUAACCCUGGUGGAUGUGACGCCUGGCCGACACAGUAGGUCACCCAAGAAAUCGGUCAAGCUGCUCACCUCGCCAAGUCCCAAGACACGCCGUCGGGGUCCCGUUGUGUCCACCCCUCAUGAUGUCAAGUCCAAGGCCGGGUCGAAGAAGUCUCCAACGCCGAAGGCCACGCCAGUCUCGAAAAGAAAUCGCAAAGCCACGCCAGCCAAGACAUAAACACUUUCCUUUCUAGGAACCAUGUGUGAACUUUAAAUGAUAAAGAAGGGGAAAGUGUGUGAUAUAACUUUUAACCCUUGUUAUGCCUCAUUCAUUGCCCUCACAGAGAUAUGAUGCUUGGAGCCAAAACAGGUAUGCACAGAAAACAGCAACUUCAGUGAUGAAGGAAAUUUUUUCGUUGUUUU